UACGUAUAUACAGAGAGCCCGGUCACUCACUCAUAAGCAGCCGGAGUAAGCGGGUGUGACGCAGGUUUCACCACCAUGAAAUUCCUCCUAGUCUUGAUCGCCGCUGCAUUUGCAUCAGGGUCCCCCGUGAGGGUGAUCGACCGCACCGCUGACGAGCUCAAGUGUGGCAUCUGUCAACACCUCACACAGGAUCUGCACAAUGUCCUGUCGAAAGAAGACACACAGACCAAGGUGGUGAGCGGCCUGAUGUCUCGCUGCGAGGGUUUGGUCGAGGGGCAGAGCGAGAAAUGUCGAGACAUCGUUCACGGCGUCGCUCCCAGCAUGUUGUCCCUCCUCGCCGACAACGUCCAUCCGUACGUCAUGUGCAGCACCCUGGAGAUGUGCCCCGUCGAACACGUGGAACACGAGGAAAGGGAGGUGGAACAAGUGGACAGAACAACGGUGUGCGAGUUCUGCCAGUUCGCCAUCAACAUCGUGGAGAAAUACCUCGAGAAGAACGCAUCCCUUCCCAAGAUCAACGAAACGCUCUACGGCUUCUGCAACAGUCUCCCUGACCCUCUCAAGUCAGAGUGCCUCAAGUUCGCUCCAGCUGUCGUGAAAGCCUUGGCAGAUGGUGUUGACCCCCACCAAGCCUGUGUUAAGGCCAAAGUCUGCCCCAGUGAAACCCUGGAACAUCCUCUUCCCUGGAACGCCGUCUCCUGCGAUGUAUGUAAUAGAGUGACGGAGACCAUGUUCCACGAAGAUGCCGGUGCGGUAUGUAUGGAUCUGAAGAUCUGUCUCCGUCCAACGCUUCCAGCAGUAAGACAAGAGGUUCACCCGGAACCCCAGCAGGAGGUCGGCGCUGGACCAGGAUGUGACUUGUGCGAGUUCCUCAUCAACACCAUCGACCAGUACCUGCAACAAAACAAGUCUGAGGCGGCCAUCAAUGCCACAAUCACCAAAUUCUGUAACGAACUGCCAGAACCAAUCAAGGACACCUGCAACGGUUUUGCUCCCCAGCUUGUGAAACUUCUAUCCCAAGGAGUCGAUCCCGAGCAGGCGUGCACCAAAAUAGGACUGUGUGCGACUCGUCAUGAACCAGAGCUGGAGCCUCAGAGGGAGGAGGUAGAUGAACCUGAACAGGAGCCUCAGAGGGAGGAGGUAGAUGAACCUGAGCUCGAGCCUCAGAGGGAGGAGGUAGAUGAACCUGAACAGGAGCCGGAGGAGGAGGAACAGGGGAUUGUGGAAGAUGGACCUGGAUGUGAGCUGUGCGAGUUCCUCAUCAAUACCAUCGACCAGUACCUGAAGGAGAACAAGACAGAGGCGGCCAUCAAUGCUACAGUCACCAACUUCUGUAACGAGCUGCCAGAACCACUCAAGGACACCUGCACUGGCUUCGCCCCUCAGUUGAUCAAGAUUCUGGCCGAAGGAGUCGACCCCAAGCAAGCCUGCACCAAGAUCGGACUGUGCUCAAGCUCACAGGAAGAACAUAUCGAGGAACAUGUAGAACACGAAGAACAGCACGAAGAACAACACGUUGCUGCUGGACCUGGGUGUGAGCUGUGCACGUUCCUGAUCAACACCAUCGACCAGUACCUGAAGGAGAACAAGACAGAGGCGGCCAUCAAUGCCACAGUCACCAACUUCUGUAACGAGCUGCCAGAACCACUGAAGGAUACUUGCACUGGCUUCGCCCCUCAGCUGAUCGCUAUCCUGGCUAAAGGAGUCGACCCCCAGCAAGCCUGCUCCAUGAUUGGACUGUGCUCAAGCACACAGGAAGAACACGUCGAGGAACAUGAAGAACAUCAUGAAGAGCAACACGUAGCUGCUGGACCCGGAUGUGAGCUGUGCGAGUUCCUCAUCAACACCAUCGACCAGUACCUGAAGGAGAACAGGACAGAGGCGGCCAUCAAUGCCACCGUCACCAAAUUCUGUAACGAGCUGCCAGAACCACUCAAGGAUACAUGCACUGGCUUCGCCCCUCAGUUGAUCAAGAUUCUGGCUGAAGGAGUGGACCCUAAGCAAGCCUGCACCAAAAUCGGACUGUGCUCAAGUUCACAGGAACACGUAGAGGAACACGUAGAGGAACACGUAGAGCAUCAUGAGGAACAACACGUUGCUGCAGGACCUGGAUGUGAGCUGUGCGAGUUCCUCAUCAACACCAUCGACGAGUACCUGAAACAGAACAAGUCUGAAGCUGCUAUUAAUGCCACAAUCACCAAAUUCUGUAACGAACUGCCCGAACCCCUCAAGGACACCUGCAACGGCUUUGCUCCUGAACUUGUGAAGAUUUUAGCCGACGGCGUGGAUCCCAAGCAGGCCUGUGUGAAGAUCGGACUGUGCGCAUCAUCAUCCUUAGAAAGUAUGAAGGAGAAGCCAACGACAGUGGACAGAGAAGAAGCGGGCCCCGGAUGUGAGCUGUGCGAGUUCCUCAUCAACACCAUCGACCAGUACCUGAAGGAGAACAGGACAGAGGCGGCCAUCAAUGCCACCGUCACCAAAUUCUGUAACGAGCUGCCAGAACCACUCAAGGACACUUGCACUGGCUUCGCCCCUCAACUGAUCGCUAUCCUGGCUGAGGGAGUCGACCCCAAACAAGCCUGUACCAAGAUCGGACUGUGCUCAACGGAGAGUUUCGGCCACCAGGUUGAAGAAGCGUCCACGGAACCGGAGGGCCAGUUCACCUGUUAUCUCUGCAAGCUGCUAGUGGAGACCCUUGACUCAUACCUGAAGAACAACCACUCAGCGCCCGCCAUUAACGCAACACUCCAAAAGAUCUGUGCGUCCCUACCCACAGCCUUGCAGAUUGAGUGCAAGGUGCUGACUCCUCUACUGAUCAAGGAACUCGUUAAUGGUUUCAACGCUAGCAAGGCGUGCACCAACAUCAAGGCCUGCCCCAAAAACACCGAAGAAAUCCUGACCCGACUUGCCCGCAGCCUCACCCAUGAAGUGAGCAUGGUUGGUGAUGUGAAGUGUUCCAUCUGCAAGGACCUGAUCGGCGUCAUUGACUUAGACGUCAAUGCUGACGAGGCGAAGACCAAGAAGCAGUUUGAAGAUGUCUGCCACCGUCUGCCCCCACCCACAGAUCAGAAGUGUCUCGACUUUGUGGUGCCCAACUUCCCCAAGAUAUGGAAGGAGAUUGUCGAUGGCAAGCUUUCCCCCGAGAAUGUGUGCAAGACAAUCAAGUUGUGCUAGGACCACAGUCAUUGACAAUGCCACAGCCGAACUUGCGUUGUUACCAAGGAAACCGUGGCCAUGUUGAAAUUGGCAGCCAUCUUGAAAAAUGUGUAGCAUUUUCUAACGUUAUAAGUUCGAUUAAAAGUGAUUUAAAAGUGCAUAAAUCAGACAAUACGGAUAUCUGUAUAUACCUUAUUUGAUUACUUUGCUUAACAGGACACCUGGUGUUCUUCUUAAAUUCAGUUAACAGUCAAAGUUUAAGUCUCUAUGAAAACAAUUGAAUUAGUUUCAUAUUAGAAUGUACAUAUAUCUACGCCUACUAAUAUCCAUAUGUAUAUGAACUAUUAUGAAAUAACGGCAUGAUUUUGUAUAUAUUUGAAACAUAUCGAAUUAUCUAUUCUGAUGUAUGUCCAAAUAUAUUCUACAUUGUUGAUUUUUAUAAUAAUGUUUGUAAAUACAUGAUUACUUCCAAUAAACACGUGAAGCUGCCGUUGAAAAA